AUGAGGAAUACCCUGAGCGUGGCUACGUGGAAUGUACAAGGACUUAAAACUCAUACCGAGAAACUAGCAAUUAUAGAAAAGGAACUGUCCAGAUAUAAAAUCGAUAUUGCAGGAUUAUCGAAGACACAUUGGAUAGGUCAAGGAUUCUUCAAAACUAGUCUUAAUAACUAUGUUUACUUUUCAAGCGCCGAUCAACAAAAUUAUACUGGUGUUGCAAUCAUUGUAUCCGAAAAAUUACAGAAAUAUGUUUUGGACUUUAAAGCUAUAAGCGACAGAAGCAUGGCCUUAAAAUUAAACGCCAGGCCAAAUCCAAUAAAUACUGUUCAGGUGUAUGCUCCGACUGCUGCUUCGGGCGAUGUCGACAUCGACCAUUUCUACCAUGACCUAAGAAGUUCUCUCCAAAACAUUCCGAACAAAGAGAUAACCAUAGUAACCGGCGACUUCAAUACUAAAAUUUGA